CAAUAUGAAAUUUGAAAAAAAAAAAGUUAUAAUCUUUAUGUUCAUAUAUUGGAUUAGCUAGCUACUUCCUCAACUCAUCUUCUCCAUCAUCCAACACUUUCUCUACCUGUUACUCAAGAAACUCUGUUUUCUGAAACCCACAAAUGGAGAAGGUUUUAAUCAACAACAACUCCCUCCAUUUCAUCUGCUCCAACCAACCAACCAAUCAAAACUCCCCCAAUUUCUUCUCUCUAUUUAGUAUUUAAAUCCCCACUCUGUUCAUCAUUCUCAUCACUCACAACUUCCUUCAAUCAAUUCUCAACAGAUUUCUCUCAAAUCCCAUUUGGGUUUCGCAUCUUCUUCCUUCUCAUCCACCUAAAAAUGAGGAACGGGGAAUCCACCGCCAUUGACGUUGCUCCUGAGACCAACAACAGUGGCCCAAUUGGGAAGAAGAAGAGCACGACGCCGUUGCUGGCGACGCCGGUGCCGGUGCCAGACAGGGGAACCCACAGAAUGAAACGUGGCCUUGCGAUUUUCGACUUUGUUCUGAGAAUCGGCGCCCUUGCGUCCGCGCUGGCCGCCGCCGCCGCCAUGGGAACCAGUGGCCAAACGUUGCCGUUUUUCACUCAGUUCUUCCAGUUCGAGGCUAGCUACGAUGAUUUGCCCACUUUCCAGUUUUUUGUGGUCGCGAUGGGAAUAGUCGCAGGUUAUGUGGUAUUGUCAAUUCCAUUCUCAAUUGUUUGUAUUGUUCGUCCCCAUGCGGCUGGACCUCGCCUUCUCUUGUUGAUUUUAGAUGCAGUGGCUCUAACAUUGAACACAGCAGCAGCAGGUGCAGCAGCAGCAGUGGUAUCUCUAGCACACAGUGGGAACUCAAGCACAAACUGGCUGUCGAUAUGCAACCAAUUUGGGGAUUUUUGCCAACAAGCAAGUGGGGCUGUGGUGGGCUCUUUUGCUGCUGUCUUGCUCUUCCUUCUACUCAUCUUGUUCUCUGCUUUGUCUCUCAAAAGUAGCCAUUGAUAUCAUGCAACCAAUUUGGGGAUUUUUGCCAACAAGCAAGUGGGGCUGUGGUGGGCUCUUUUGCUGCUGUCUUGUUCUCUUCUUCUUCUUGCAGAAGCUUUCAAAAAGUUUAAGCUUUUGUAUACACUUUUUCAUUGCUUUGGCUUUGCUUUGCUUUGUGUUUCCCAUUUAUUAUGCAUCCAUUUGGGUUGUGUCUUUUUCUUGUUUUGUGGAAAAGGGGUUAAAGAAAUCAUUCAUAUGUAAACUUUUUUUUUUUUUUUUUCCUUUUUUGUAAGGUUGUUGUUGGGUUUUACUUGUGUAAGAUUGAUGAAUUGAAAAGUUGUGUUAUAUUAAUAUAUUUGU